AUGGCAGCUGUUACCCCACAGAAAAGGAGCCGUAGUUCUACUGAUACCGAUGGGGAGUCCUCAAGGAAAUUAUCCCCAGAGACUGCUUCCUCGUACAAGCCCCUUGUGCCUGCGGUGUCUUUUUAUAGCAAGGAAAAGCGAUACCUUACUCCUCUUGAGAGGAAACGACUGAACGAGAACCUCUCUUUGGUGACUAAUUUUCAUCUCUCUGAAAUGAUUUUCAGGACGCAGGCCCCACUGGAUGAACUGACUUCUCCGUUUGGGUCCAGCCCACCUGCAAAAACAUCUCACACCUCGCAGAAAAGCAAGAAGGCGAAAGAGCUCUGCAAGCGCUCCGGAGAUCAGAUGAUCAUUGAUGCCGGUCAGAAGCAUUUUGGUGCUGUAGUUUGCAAGUCGUGCGGCAUGAUCUACACGGCUGCCAGCCCGGAGGAUGAAGCCCAGCACAUCCAGCACCACGAGAGGUUCCUCGAAGGACUCAGAUACGUGGGUUGGAAGAAAGAACGGGUUGUGGCAGAGUUCUGGGAUGGGAAAAUCGUACUGAUUCUUCCAAAUGACCCAAAAUAUGCCGUCAAGAAGGCAGAAGAUGUGCGAGAAAUUGUAGAUAAUGAAUUGGGAUUUAAGCAAGUUUCUUUGAGCUGCCCAGCCAAGACUAAAAUGUACAUGUUUGUGUCCAACGAGAAGAUGAUUGUUGGCUGCUUAGUGGCUGAGUCAAUCAAGCAGGCUUUCCGGGUGCUGUCUGAGCCAGGAGCUGUGCCGUCCCCUGGCCGGGAUGCCCUGCAGCACCACCGGGCUUGGCGCUGCUCCACCGAGCCGGAGCCCGCCGUCUGCGGCGUCAGCAGGAUCUGGGUGUUCGGCCUGAGGCGCGGGAAGGGCAUCGCCCGUCGCAUGGUGGACGUGGUCAGGAGCACCUUCAUGUACGGCUGCUACCUGAGUACCGACGAAAUCGCCUUCUCCGACCCGACGCCGGAUGGCAAGUUGUUUGCAACGAAAUACUGCCAAACCCCUAACUUCCUUGUUUACAAUUUUAUUUAUAACAACUGA